UAACGGCCAUAACAACGCGAAGAAGAAGGACAAACGGAAAUUACGGUAUCUCCUUUUCCUGACAGGGCUAGAUAAACAAACAAAAGCAAGACAUUAUAUUACAUAUAUUUAGGAACCUGGGAUAAUUUUGAUGCAUUUCUAUUUAAAGAUAUGUCUACCAGGAAUAAUUUGUCCCCGUGAAUCCCCAAUAACGGAGGCUUAGAAGGGCUAGCAUCCUACUGGCUAAGUUCGCCUGUAGGCUACGUCGCUAGCUAAGUGUUUAGCUUGACAUGUUUAUUUUAGUGGUGCGACGAAGGAGCGCGACAUGAUGACACGAAACUGUGGCAGUGUUAGCAAGUAGCUACACUUUUUUCCACUUGGAGAUCGGAAGGUUGUGGGACACAGGUAUAAGACUUGGCUUAAGUUUUAACCGGAGCUGCACUCCGUAAAGAUCACCGCAUCGCCGCCACCAUGGCGUGGGCUCUGAAGUUGCCCCUGACAGAUGAAGUGAUCGAGUCCGGACUGGUCCAGGACUUUGAUGCCAGUCUGUCGGGCAUUGGCCAGGAGCUUGGCGCUGGGGCAUACAGCAUGAGUGAUGUACUUGCCCUCCCCAUUUUCAAGCAGGAGGAAUCCAACCUGCCUCCAGACACUGACAACAAGAUCCUUCCCUUCCAGUAUGUUCUGUGUGCAGCUACCUCGCCAGCCGUUAAACUGCAUGAUGAAACACUCACCUACCUCAACCAAGGGCAGUCCUAUGAAAUUAGAAUGCUUGACAAUCGGAAAAUUGGGGAACUUCCGGAAAUCACUGGGAAAAUGGUGAAGAGCAUUAUUCGUGUGGUGUUUCAUGACCGACGACUACAGUACACAGAGCACCAGCAGCUGGAAGGCUGGCGCUGGAACCGGCCUGGGGAUCGCAUCCUUGACCUGGAUAUCCCCAUGUCAGUCGGCAUAAUCGACCCCAGGGCUAACCCUACUCAGCUUAACACUGUGGAGUUCCUUUGGGACCCAUCAAAAAGAACCUCAGUUUUUAUCCAGGUUCACUGCAUCAGCACAGAAUUCACCAUGCGCAAGCACGGGGGAGAAAAGGGUGUGCCUUUCCGCAUCCAGAUCGACACCUUUAAAGAGAAUGAGAAUGGAGAGUACACAGAACACCUCCACUCUGCCUCCUGCCAAGUCAAAGUCUUCAAGCCUAAAGGUGCAGACAGAAAGCAGAAGACGGACCGGGAGAAGAUGGAGAAGAGGGCGCCCCAGGAAAAGGAAAAGUACCAGCCAUCCUAUGAAACCACAAUCCUGACAGAGUGCUCUCCCUGGCCUGAGGUUACAUACGUCAACAACUCGCCAUCUCCUGGCUUCAACAGCACUCACAACAGCUUCCCAGUUGCAGAAGGAAACGGAUCUCCAAACCACCAGCCAGAACCUGUCGUCCAGGUAGCAGAUAAUUUGUUACCCACAGCAACACCACAGGAUGCACAACAGUGGCUUCAUAGAAACCGCUUCUCUCCCUUCUGUCGGCUGUUCACCAACUUCUCAGGGACAGACCUGUUGAAGCUGACCAGGGAGGACGUCAUUCAGAUAUGUGGGCCAGCAGAUGGUAUAAGACUCUUCAAUGCACUGAAGGGACGGUGCGUCUUCUUUUAUGUAAUCCUGCUUGAAAACCCUCAGUUUAUCGAAUAUAUCAAGACGGGCUUCAUACAUUUAUGGACAUUUUGUUAUUUCCUCUGUGUGGAUGCUGUUUUUAGCGUGGUACGUCCAAGGCUAACCAUCUACGUUUGCCAGGAGUCUCAGCAGGCACGGGAACAGCAACCGAAACAUGAAAACGGAGAUGCUGCCGCCAACACUUUCUUUGUAUAUCACGCCAUCUACCUGGAAGAGCUUACAGCUGCUGAGCUGACAGAGAAAAUCGCUCAGCUCUUCAACAUCUCACCCCGACAGAUAAACCAGAUAUUCAAACAGGGUCCCACUGGCAUCCAUGUGCUUGUCAGUGAUGAGAUGAUUCAGAACUUCCAGGAUGAAGUAUGUUUUGUUUUGGACACAAUGAAAGAUGACACAAAUGAUGGCUACCACAUCAUCUUGAAGUGAAUACCGGGCAGGAGAAUAGCAUAGCCUUUCUUUAGUCCAGAUCCAGUCAGCCCCUAUAGAGCUUCAUACUCCUCGCUGUUCUUGGAUAUGUGGCGAUGCCCCAGAAAACCUCUCGAGGCUGCUAGGAGGAACAUGUGACUGAAGCACCUGGCCCUCUCCUCACUAUACCUUAUUGUCUUACUUUUGAGGGAGUGACUCUGUUACCACAGUGAAGUAACGUUCUCCUUCUUGCCCUGCCAUUGCCUCCCUUAAGUGGUUGCAUUUUCCUCUGUUGCUUAUGUCUCAUGAAAGGGAUUAGCGGCACCACAGCUACUAUCGCUGUUUGUUUGCCGAGCAUCUGGUGUGCCAAAGCUCUGUCUCUUGUCUCUUUAAAAAAACAGCCAAAAAAAAACAAAAAAUCGAAAAUGCAAAAAAGAGGAGACAGUUGCAUUGAAAGUAAUUGACUUUGAGUGUGAAGUGCAGCAUGACUUCUCGUCUUCAUGCUAGGUUACUUUACAGGAUCCACGUAUACCAGUCUGCAGGAGACAUGGUAUAGCUCACAUAACCACAAGAAGCUUCAAAAUCAGCAAUCAGGACAUUAAGGGAAACUGCUGGAAUCCAGCUGUGCUUCUGCGAUUCCUUUGAAAGCUAACAAUCUCAGUCUUUCACUGGUUUGUAUUAUGUUUGA